AUGACGGCCUCGUCGGAUUCGGAGUCAAUCGACUUCCACCGGGCUAUGUCGAACAAGUCGACUGAGGUACAACAUGUGGACUUUCCCGACGAGAUCCCGGCGUCGGCAGGAAAACCGGCCGUCAAUCUCGCGUUGAUGCUGGCCUGCGUGGUCUUCGGGGCUGCGUCGUUCCUGUUUGGCUUCGAUGAUAAGAUCAUAUCGCCGGUGGCUGCGUUAGAGCCCUUUGUGAGUUUCGCUGGCACAUCCGACGAUAUGUCUGUAUAUGUGAGGGCUGACUCGUUUUUGAAUACUAAGGUGGAUCGAUAUCAAGGGGUCAAUCCUAAAACGGGCGUGUACUCCAUGACGGCUCGCAAUCAGACCAUCAUCUUCUCGGUUCCGCUGGUGGGCUCAAUCUUCGGAGGCCUCGCAGCUUCGCCUCUGAACUUCCGACUGGGUCGCAAACCCCCCGUGCUGAUAGCCUAUAUCGUCUCGGUGGGCGGAGGGUUGCUUCAACUGUUCGCGCCGAACUUGGCAGCCUUUGUCUCGGGUCGGUUUGUGAACGCCAUCGCCAUGGGUAUCGCCAAUGGCACUGUCCCCUUGUACUUGUCUGAGGUAGUCCCUUCCUCUAUGAGAGGCCGGAGUGUUUCGAUAAUCAAUAUCUUGAAUGUGAUGGCCGGGUUGAUAGGAACAAUAGUGGUAUUCGGGACCCAAAAACUAGGGGGCCGAGGGUCCUAUAUGAUCCCCUUAGCGGUUCAGUCCGCCGUGCCUGGGGUUCUUUUUGUCUGCACACUACCUCUCCCGGAAAGCCCCCAGUGGCUGGUCGCCCGAGGCCGCAUGGAGCAGGCCCGGACGAGCCUGCAGAAGCUGCGCGGGUUCGGCGCACAGGCGGUAGAAGAAGAGCUGGGCAUAAUCCAGCUCAGCGAACAGACCGAGCGAAAACUGCGAGCCAGUGGAGACUUCUGGGAGAUCUUCACGCGGCAUCACCUGCGGCGAACCCUAACUGCCGGCUCUUUCUACUCCUUGAAUCAGAUAUCUGGCGUGAUCCUGUCUACGACAUACAGCACGGUGUUCCUGGCCGAGAUGGGUACCAGGGACCCAUUCUCUCUGACAGUGAUCGCAUCAUGCUGCACACUUGCCGGGGCGAUAGCUGCACCACUCGUGAUCGACCAAAGGGGGCGUCGUCCAACCGCUUUAGUAGGGAUGAGCGCCCUAUUCAUCAUCGACGCCGUGGCCGGGGGCCUGGCGUUCAACCGAGGCGAAGUGCAGUCAAUCCAGGCAAUCGCAGCCUUGUCCUUCAUAUUCAAUUUCUUCUGGGCCUCCUCGUUCGCGCCCUUGUCCAAUCUGAUGCCCUCGGAGAUCGCAACCCCUAAGCUCCGCCACCACACCAUGGCCUAUACAAUUGCCUGCGCGCAAACCACCGCCGUGAUCACUACGCUCGUCGUUCCGCAGCUAACGACGGCUGACGCAGCAAACCUAGGAGCCAGGGCCUACCUUAUCUUUGCAGGCUGCAUGGCGUGCAUUCUAGUAUUUACCUACUUCUUCAUGCCCGAAACCAAAAAUCGGACCUUUGCAGAGAUCGACGAGAUGUAUGAUGCUAAAGUACCGGCGUGGAAAUGGCGACAAUAUCAAACUUCAGAACGGGCCCGCACGGGCAAGUGUUCUCUACACGGGCAGACCGUGGUAGUUCCGAGCAAAUCCGUGUCCUAA